AGCUGAAGCAUCAUCAAUAAUUUGGCUGUCUUCGGCUGUCAGUUUAUUAGCAGCUUAUCAGCUUAGUUGUCAAGAUGGGUGGCUGUUGGUCAUGUGUGGCCUGCAGGUCUCACCCAGAGGCAGAACCAAAGGAUGAAGAUGAAGAGGGAGCACUGACAGGUCAUCCCAGAAACCCAACCCAUGUUGCACCAUUUUCUGGGGGACUCCCCAAUAUUUUGGGGGACACUCUGGGGAAAGAGCUCAUUGAGGAACCCUCCAUGCCAGAACCCCUUCCAGCACCUCGCAUCACCAACAACAUCCUGGGCGAAGUGCUCAUUGAGGAACCCUCCGUGCCAGAACCCCUUCCAGCACCUCACAUCACCAACGACAUCCUGGAGGAAGAGCUCACUGAGGAACCCUCCCUGCCAGAACCUCUUCCAGCACCUGGCAUGACCAAUGACAUCCUGGAGGAAGAGCAAACUGAGGAACCCUCCGUGCCAGAACCUCUUCCAGCACCUCGCAUCACCAACAACAUCCUGGAGGAAGAGCUCAUUGAGGAAACCUCAAUGCCAGAACCCCUUCCAACAUCUUGCAUCACCAAUGACCUACUGGGGAAAGUGCUCAUUGAGGCUACCUCAGUGCCAGGUCCUUCCAUCCUCACAGACACUCCAAAGGAAGCAGCUUCUGUGUCAGAGCCCUUACUAGAGCCUUCCAUUGCUGAUAAUUAUCUUCAGCAAGAAGUAGAACUCCUCAAAGGGUUACAGCAUUACUAUGUCCAGCAGCAACUGAGGGUUCGCCACAUUUCCCAACAGUUCCCUCGUUCUCUCCGGGCCAUCAGCUUGCAAAUUGGACACAUGCGGACAAGGCUCAUCCGCAGUGAAGUUCGGCUGCAGCGGUGGGAAAGGGAAGAUGUUCCUGCAGGCCCUGCUGCACUUCUCCAGCCCUCUGGGUCUGAUUCAUCAUUGUCCUCUGCCUCCCUGGAGGUUGCCUCCAUCCCACCCUCCACCUCCACCUCUUCCCUCCUCCUGCAUCCCUCUCCACCUCCUCCUCCUUCCCCACCUCCUCUGGAGCCGGACCUCAGCAAUGUGAAAGAAACUCUGCAGAGUUUGGUAGAGAUGCAGGUCCAUCAGCUGCGUGACCGCCAAAGAGACCUCCACAGCUGCCAGGAAUGCUUACAAAGCUUCAAGGCACUGAGGGGACAACUGAGGCGGCUAAGGAGCAGACUGGCCAGGGUGGAAGCCACUAUGGGGAUUGUGGUUCCUCCAAGGGAGCUGGACGUUGCUGAGGAAGAAGGGGAAGGCAAAUUAAAAGAGACAACUGUGCUGCUAUUUACAUAAGUAGCAAUAAAAUGCUGUGUAUAUAUUUUUAAAAUAUUAAAUAUUUGUUUUAAUAGGAUGUAGAGAUAGAACAGCAAUAAAACUUGCAUAUUUAUUGUUUAAAGAAAUAAAAUGUUUUAUUUUA